AUUUCUCCGCUCUCUAACCUCUCAAAAUUACACUAAAAUAAAACGCACUAGCUUCCAUUGCUCAGAUUAAUAUUUAAACAAAGUAAAUUAAAAAACCUACUAAAAUAAAUAAGAAAUAAUGCGGCCUGGUGUCUUGUUUAAUAAAAACUAAAAAAUCGAGUCGUUAAUUUAAUUAAAAGCUUGAAAAAUGGAUAACUUGCUGAAAAAUAUCGAAAGUAUGGAAAUAACAAAUACGCAAGAGUUGAUAAUAAAUAAAAUUAUAAUAAAUAUUGAAAAUUUAAUUAACAAUUGUUUGGUACCGCAAAAAUUGGUAGGGAAUGAUAGACCUUGUGAUAAAAAUGAUUUUAACGAUUAUUCCCACACAAUUGACGGGAAUUUAAUAGAUUUACUCGCGGAAUUAAACAACCUUAAGAGUUACAAUGUAGAUUCGCGAUCUUUGUCAAUUGAAGACGUUGAUGUGAGGGAAAUUUUGCUUAAAUCGGUAAUUAUAGUCGGGGAAAAUAGCGAGAAAAAUCCUUGGAAUAAUUCCAGUACUCUAGAAUUAGCAAAUAAGCUUUUGAUAGAAUUGUGCUGGUUUUUUGGCGUUGAAAAAUUUUCCGACGUUUUUGCGAACAAUGAUCAAGACAAUAGACUCCGGGACAUUAUGUUGCUGCUCAGAGGAAAGCUCCUCAAGAGUACCUGGAAGACUUUUCCAGGAAGUGUUUGCUGUUACAAAUGGCUGCUGCAUCAAGUAGAGAUGCCUGGGCUGCUGAAAUAUUUGACGGAAGUUUUGCCGACUGCAUUGAUUAUUUACGAUGAUUACGUUCCGGAAAAUCGGAUCGUUGGAUUGAUUUGCAUUAGGAAAAUUUUAGAGCACUCUUCUUUGCAAAAUGAAUUUUUGAAAAGUGGGUACGCUGAUGUUCUAUAUGAUGCGCUGGAGAAACUUACCCAUGAACGAGAAGUGAAGUAUAUUCUUCCGUUGUAUAAUUGUAUUACUCUGGUUUUGAUUAAUAUGGAGGCUAAUAAUACGCGCAAUCCUUACGAGUGGACGAAACGAGAUGACAUUUUAGCAACCUUAUUAAACAACAUGGAACUAGAAAACAAUUUAGAACUUCGUCAUGCAUAUAUAACAAGCUUACCCCAACUACUAACAAAUAUUGGAUGUGCCAAAUGGUGCGAGCGCCUAAUUAGAAUACUUUCUGAAUAUUGCGGCCAUCAUACCGAUCUAAAAACCCUGAAGGCAACUCUGCAGUUCGCAGAAAUAGUGCUAUCGAUGUUCCACGUGCGGAUUCCAGCGCAUUGUUUGGUCUUAUAUACUGCGUUCUUAAAGCUGCAUUACGAUCUGACAGAGACGCCGAUUUUCGAUGAAGAAAUAAUUAGAAGCUUAGAAAGGUGUAUUUACUUAUUGUACAAAGUAACUCCUAAUAUAGGCUCUGCAAUUAUCAGAGACGAUCGUAUGAGAAUAAUUAUUAAAAAUAGUAUUCAUACUAGUUGUUUCAGUGAUACUAAAUACUGCAAUUAGCCUAGAUUUAUUAAAUAUUUGAUGGAUAUUAAUUACUUAUAUUGCUAUAUUAAUUGACAUCACAACAUAAUAUUUAUACAAAUAAUGAUAGUAUUAUAGACAUAUUUAUUUAAUCAAAUGUGAUUUACAGUGUAAUGCCAUAUUUAUUAUUAAAAUUUAUUAAACUUAUUAUUAAAAAUC